AUGGAUAAUUCGAUCAGCCGGCUCUUGGAGCAGAUGCAGAAACAAAGGGAAAGAAGCGCCGCCCGGAAGAGCGCACUCGCUCUAGCUUUGGAUACUACAACCGUUGAGAAAGUCACGGAGUGGCACCGGUGGUUAUCAGAGAGGCGACUGACGACAGAGGAGAUAUUACGGGUCCCCUUGCCUCGUCAACCCAAGCCAUCUACCACCGCCGUUGCGGUUUCACCACCACCACCAGUAGCGAAAACCACCACCGUUGCCCAGUUGCACGCAUCAUUUCAUAAGAAGGCAGCAGAGGCUAACCAGCCUACAACGUCAACCACAGCUGUCUCAGCUGCAGUCGUAUUUGCAGAAUCAGUCACUCCGUCAUCAAUCAGUGCCAACAAUCCCCAAAGCCACCGAGAGUGUGGAGUUCGGACCAGCUCCGCGACAAGGAUGGUUUUGAGGUCAACUCCAGCUCCGUCAAUUCCAAUUGACGGAUGGAAAUUUCGAAAGAAGAAGCAACCGUUAGGAGAAGGCCUGGAACCAGAGAAUUCGAAAGCACAUCGUGCGGAAAGCAACACGAACGUGAUGGCGGCGCUACAUCAAGAGAAACCGGUUGAUGACGAGGGCACCACCACGAAUAGUGCUUUACAACCGGCGACUGGUUUCACAGCCGAGAUCGCGAAAGCCAGGAGCUCGGCGAUGACACUAGCAAGGCUCAGUGGUGACCUCGACCGCCGAUGCAACACACAACAAGAGAGGGACCGCCGAGGUGAGUCGACGUUGACGCAACCUUCAGAUGGGAUGCGGUGA